GUUAUAAAGUCACAGAAUAUGAUAGAUACCGCAUUAUCACCCCCUCUAUCUGAGACUCUUGCAAACUACAACGCUUCACCAACUCGCCUACAGUAAAUCGUACAACACACGCCAUUCAGCAUUAUGAGUUCCACCCCCCUUCCCCGCGAGAGCAGUAAACUCUUCUCACCUCUCCGUCUCGGAACAAUGAAUCUCGAACAUCGAGUCAUCAUGUCGCCACUAACGCGCCUACGCUGUCCUGGUAGUGUGCCGACUCCGCUCGUUACGGAGUAUUAUACUCAGAGAGCGACGAAAGGAGGGCUGCUAAUUACUGAGGGUAUGCAUCCAAGUUUAAUGGCUGGAGGUUUCUAUGGCGUACCAGGCAUGUUUGCACCCGAGCAUGUGAGGGCUUGGAAGAAGGUGACGGAUGCUGUGCAUGCUAAGGGUGCAUUCAUGGCCUGUCAAUUGUGGCAUGUCGGACGAUUUGCAAUUUCAUUCUCGCUCGGAGACCGCCAGCCAUUGAGCUCUUCCGCAACCAACAUCGGCUAUUUCAAUAUGAAUACGCGUGGAGGCGUCAAAUAUCCCCAUGAGACAGCCAAGCCGAUGACAUUGCAGGAUAUCAAGGACACAGUUGAUGACCAUGUUCAUGCUGCGAAAUGCGCGAUUGAGGCCGGGUUUGAUUGUGUCGAGAUUGCGUCAGGGAAUGGAUACUUGCUCGACCAAUUCCUCAAUACUAACACCAACCUGCGCACUGAUGAUUAUGGAGGAAAUAAAGAGAAUCGAGCUCGAUUCACGCUCCAAAUCCUCGAUGCGGUGAUCGCCGCUAUAGGGGCAUCCAAGGUUUCCAUCCGAAUGAGCCCAUGGGGAACGGUUUGGUUGCCAUUGGAUACAGAUCCAAUAGCGAACUUCCAGUAUGUGCUGAGCGAAGUCGAGAAGCGUGGAGUCGCAUAUGUAUGCCUCACUCAGCCGCGGGCCGAUCUUCUACUCGAAGAGAAGACUAAGAUACAAAAUAUAUACGAAGCUGUCAAGGAAGGAAAAGUGGCCGCUACGAUCGAGGAUGUUCAUCUUAAACACUUCUUAAAGCUGCUGAAGACGACACCAGUAUUAGUAAAUGGGAAUUACAAUGGCGAGAAUUGCUUUGAGGAGGUAGAAAACGGGGAGGUGGAUGCGGUCACGUUCGGGAGGUGGUUUAUCAGUAACCCUGAUCUGGUGGAGAAGAUUAGGCUGGGUAAAAGACUGACUAAGUUGAAUUUGAAGACGGUUUAUGCGCCUGUGGUUGAGGCUGGGAGUGAGAGUGAAGGGUAUACGGAUUAUCCUUUUGGAGCGGUUGAGGAAGAAGAAGCAGUGAAAUGAAAGGUGAUUGUCCAUUGAUUCCUGUAUAGGUAAUAGCCCUAGAGGUUUAGACUUGUGCAAUUAGAAGAAUAUAGUCUCUAUGAAUUUUUUCUAGUCGCA